ACUGAAUGAUUGAAUGAUAUCAUCAUUAAGACCGAUCUUCAAAUCAUUAUCGUCAUUGACAGAUAGUUUAACUUCAAAAUUUCCUUAAAUUCUGGUCGUGAGUCGUCAACAUUAACAAUACAAAAUCGCUGCAGGAAUGGCGGAUCACGAAGCCAAAGCAAAUCAGUGUAUGAUUGAUGCUGAAAAGAAGCUGAAGUCAUCACAGGGAUUUUUUGGUUCCAUGUUUGGAGGAGUACAGAAGCAAGAGGAUGCAUGCGAACUGUAUCAGAGGGCCGCUAACAUGUUCAAGAUGGCAAAGAAAUGGCAAGAGGCCGGCAAUGCAUUCUGUCGAGCAGCUUCCAUCUCUAUGACGCUGGAAAGUAAACAUGAAGCAGCUACAAACUAUGUAGACGCAGGCAACUGCUACAAGAAAGUGGAUCAUGAAAAGGCUAUAUCUUGUCUGCAAGAGGCAAUAGAAAUUUACACCGAUAAAGGCAAGUUUACAAUGGCUGCCAAGCAUUAUAUCAGCAUAGCAGAGAUCUACGAGAAUGAACUGAUUGAACUGGAUAAAGCUAUAGAGAAUUAUGAGAAAGCUGCUGACCUCUACAGAGGCGAAGACUCCACCAGCUCUGCAAAUAAAUGCCUGUUGAAGGUAGCCAUGUAUUCAGCACAGCAAAUGAAUUAUGCUAAGGCAUGCCAGAUAUACGAGGAUGUAGCCUCAUCAGCAGUGGAGAACUCCCUUCUCAAAUACAGUGCAAAAGACCAUUACUUUAAGGCCGCACUAUGUCACCUGUGCAUAGAUCUUCAGAAUGCACAGAUUGCAUUACAGAAGUAUCCAGAAACCUUCUCUGCAUUUGCAGAUAGCAGGGAAUAUAAACUUUUACAGAAAUUAGUUGCUGCUAUAGAAGACCAGAAUGAAGAUGCAUACACUGAAGCCGUUAAGGAGUUUGAUUCAAUCACUCGCUUGGAUCAGUGGUUGACAACCAUUUUAUUGAGAAUUAAGAAGAGCAUCAGUAGCGAUCCAGAUCUUCGGUGAGCUCACCUCACAAAUCCAUCAUCUGAGGCAAAUAACACUUCAUAUAUCCUUGCAUGUACAAUUGAGUUUGUUUGCUGCAGUCAGUCUCAUUCUGUUCUCUUUUAUGUGUAUGUAUGUGCAUAUUAAAUAUCUAUAUAUAUAUAUAUCAAUGACAAAUUAUGCCAGGAGGGGUGUUAACAAAGAAUGAAGUGUGACUUUAAAUUUCACUUAAUUUCUCAGCUGCUUGUGAUAUUACUGUGUUGGUCUGAUUGUGCUCACAGGAUGCAUGCUACUGAGUAUUCAUCAAUGAAAUGUGCAUGAUUGGCAUUAAACAUGAUUUAAAGUCACACUUUCCCCUUUGGGAAACGUCUCCUAUGUUUAUGAACAUCAACAAUCACUUGCUUAAUUUCCUUUACUGGUAGUUGUAAGGAUUUAUAAGGGGGGGGGGCUUUGGUUUAUUUUGUUUCUUUCAGUCUGUUCCAGACCCCCCCCCCCCCCCUAUAUUCCUGAGCUACCCCCUUUGAUUUUUAUCUCGGCCGAAAAGACAUUGUCCACUGGCAAAAUAGUAAUAAGAUCAAUGCAAUGGAUGCAAAGAGAAAAAAUGGAAAACAUUUUCAAUAAUGCACAGUGACUUGUGAGGUCCUUUGAAAUAGGUUACGUGAGUGGUGUUUAUUAUAUUACUUUACCAAAAACCUGUGCUGUAGAUGUAUGGUUUGGCCAUUGAGGAAAUUUGUGGAAAUUAUGUAGAGGAAUUAUGUAAAGGAAGUGUGCACCAGUAUUAAGCAGUGAGACCUGAUUUUGAGUGAUGCUGAUGUCACUGUUGUGAUCAAACAAUUUUGGUUACUUUGUGUAUUGGGUUAAUGCAUAUUUUAUAUAUUUACUAUUGUCAUUGUCAAUCAUGAUGAUAUGAUGAAUUCCAUAAACGCUACCAGAAAAAAUGAAUGAUGUGAUUUUCAUGGGCCUAACACUUCCCUUUUAGCUUUAGUUACUAGUAUAGAUAUAAAAGUAUUUGUUCAUCUCCAUUAGAUCACUUAUCUAAUUCUGUUAUGAUUUAUGUUGGCCAAAAAUGUUCUGCCAUAUUCACAUAUAUUCUUUGAAGAAGUUUUGUGAUAAAGACAUUUUCACGUUAUCUAAUCAUGCUUGUUGGAAACCACUGGACUACUGCAUUUCAGUAAAUCCAGUGAUUUCUUUUAAUUGGGUAAGAUAAGUAUUAAGUUUUUAAUGUCUUGCCAAUCCCUUUUUCUAGUUACAUAGUUGAUAACAUGAAUUCUUGUAAUGACUUUAAUAUGGUAUCGUAAAAAUAGAUUAGUGAAAUAUAAAUUUAUAUCGUUGUUUUAUGUGUUAUGAUGUCCCAUCUUAUGGAAGGACAGAGUUUAUAAUCGUGGUAUUUUAUAUUACAUGUAAAUUGACGUCUUCAUUUAUAAUCAAUUCUAUAAAAAUAGCUUAGCAUGUAAUGGAACAUAGGCUUCAUUCUUGUUGAUGAACCCCAUGCAAUGAAAUUUUAAUUUCGACUUGCUUUCUUAACUCCGGUUCAUGUUGCUUAUUAUUCCAGUAUUAUCAACCUAGUUUGGGCUUCUUUUUUUAUGUUGCAUUUUGAAAAAGAACUUUGUAAUAGAUAUUAUAGAUAACUGGUAUUUUUCAAUACAAUUAAUACAGUAUUGCUAAAAGUUCAAAUGUUGUUCUAGCAGCUACAAUUGAAAGUAUGGCAAAUUGGAAACAGUAAUAUGCUCUGUGUUUCCUUGAGCAUUUAGGUUUUCUUUUUUUAUUUUCCUUGCUAUCAGUAGUAUGGUCAUGCAGAAGAACCCAUCUAAAAGGGCCAUGCAGCAUGUUCAUUUCUCCAUGCCGCUCUUUUCUCUCCCCCCCCUAACAACUGGUGCCAAUUUGAUUCGGUUAUUCUAGUUCUUUUUGUCUUGUUUCAAUCAAAAGCUGACUGGACAUUCUUUUUUCCUUUACUUUUACUUUAUCUCAUAUACAAAGGUAGCAUUAAAUAUCAUAUAGAGUGACAAAAUAUAAAUUGUAUUCAUUAAUUUGACUGAUUAAUGCUUUUCAGGGUUAUUUCUUGUAAACGUUGCCUCAGUCAUAAUAUGUUAUGAAUUAAUCUGCAUGUAUCGAUUUACUUUGGAUGUAGAUGUAAUAUGUGCUUUGGUAUUUAUUUUUUCCUGAUUGUAGUGAUCGCCAAACUGUUUAUGAAUAGUUAUUGGAAUAUUUCAUAUUUUGUACAGCUCUGUAUAUAUGUGGGAGAUUACUUAAGAUUCCUCAUCAAUAGAUUUUGCAACUGUAUAUCCAGUAUAUCCUUAUGAAUAGUGAAACUUUAAUAGGGAACUCUGUGACCACACAAAGUACAUUUCUUGUCACUUAUAAACUCCUUAAGUGUGAAAAGAUUGAAGUGCAUGAUUCUGAUUUAAAUAGUAUAAUAGUCAAAUGAAUCAAACUUUCAUACUUCGAAUUCCUUUAGUAACACAAUUUUUCUUAUCGUUACAUCUCUCAUCAUAAAUAUCAUUGAAUAUCUACCAUGUCCAUUGUAUGACAAAUGCAGCAACAAAAAAGUAGUAUUGAUCUGUACUGACAAAUGAGGUAAAUCCCAAGAGAUUACUAAAUUUCAACAGGAUUUUUCUUGUACAAGUUAGUUUGUCAUUGGUACAUCACGCCACGGGUCUGUGGCAUAAAAGAAACCUAGCAAGCAAUUAUUUUGCCAGAGUUUUUCAAUAUGUUAGAAGUGUCAUUAGCAUGAUUUUGUUUGCCAUGAGUUUUUGUUUAUUUUCCGAAGUUUCUUCUGGCAGAAGGGUUUCUGCAACAGGCCCCAUGUGGAUCUUUAUUGCAAAAUUGAUUUGCAUUGUUGGAGGGUAUUAAGAUCGUAAAAGGCUCAUUUAGAGAUGGUGCCACAAAGCUCAGUUUUGUUUACAAAAUCAAUGGGAUAUGAGGCAUCAGUGGACCAAUUUAAUUCUUUUAGAUUAGCUCAGAGAUUAAAAAUGUUGGCGCAAAUAUAUUUUCAUAGUCAGACUUGCACAGGCAAACCAAUGAUAUAAUAAUGAAAUCAUUGUUUAUGUUUUUUCAUUGCAUGAAUCAUAACAUGAAAUCAUUGUGGUGUCAAAGAGUUUGCCUGUGCAUUAUUUUGGGAACUGAAGUAUAUGGCUAAUUUAUUAGCAUAAAAUGUUACUGAGUAUUGUCACAACAUAAGAAAUCUUUACAAAUAUUAGCCUCGGAAAAUUAUGGGGUAGACUACAAAAAGGAGGGUGUAUACACUUCGUGCUCUGUUAGCCCAUUUAUUCUGAUGUGUUUUUUUUCAUCGUUGCUGAUAUGGAUCUGUUAUAAUACCCACUUUUAACCUCAGAAAUUGGGCAACAAGAAAAUCAAGAAUGAAGUAUACACGAAUGCAAUCCUCCUUUGUGUCAAAUUGUGUGCCCGAUAUAAAUUCUUAGCAUUUUUUAUAUUUAAUGGACAUUUAUAACAACAUGCAAAUAUCUCCCUGAGUAAGAACAUUAUAUGUAUAAGGACAUAGUUAUCUAUUCAUUCCAGGUGUUAUUUAGGUACAUGUACUUUAUUGUGCAAGUGUUGAGCAUGUAUCAUGGUAUAUCAUUAUGUUGCCUGUUGAUUUUAUAAGAACAUGUACAAUUAUAACUGUAUAUACGAACUAAGAGAAGACAUGAAUGUGGACCUCUCUUGCUGGAUCAAACCAGUCAGUGACAUUUGCAGUGAUUGUUGUCAUUGUCAAUCAUAUGGCUUGAUCUCAGUAGCUUAUAACACAAACUUGUAAGGCAACUUGUCAAAAAUUUACUGUCACAUCCUUAAGCAGGAAUUCUGCUAUGAGGUUCUUCUGCAUCUCUUCAUUGCAGCUUUCCUACAGUCUGUGAUUGAUAAUUGAAAAGCUGCUUGAUUCCUGCGGGAAAGAUGGAUUCUGACGAAGUGCCUAAAAGCGUCCUCACACCUUACAAUUGGUCUGCGACCCGAUUUCAGAAUAAAAUGUAGAAGAAUUUGAUGCUGAUAUUGAGACAUACAAUAUCUGACUGUGUAAUGUUCUAAAUCAUCGUACGAAUACCCAUGUUCAAAUCUGUGACUAUGCUCUGAUCCUUCUUAGAAUAAAAGCAAUUGAACAUCUAGUCGUAAUGACGUCAUAGCAGUCAGACGAUCGGCUACGAUUUGAAAGUAAUUUGGCCUUUACUCCAAAAUAAAAGCUUGCAAUCUUUCAAAAUGGUUAUAUUAGUAUUCUUUCAAUUGAUUUUAACCUCAAAAUGAUAUGUUCCAUUCACAUUUUCAGAAAAUGAGCAAAAUGCGAUUUGUUCCAAAAUCGGAUCGCGAACAGUCGUAAGGUGUGCAGUGGCCUUAACUUGAAAUGGUUAAGUUUAGUGAGACAGGUCCCUGAUAUAUGAGAAACUGCAGAAUUUGAUUGAUUUUUUUGUUUUAAUUCUUCAUUCAUAUAAAGAUGUCUUCUAUGAAUCAGUGUAUGGGUAAAACUGUGCAAUUGGAAGAAAAUAUCAAUGUACAUUAAUCUCUCAUCACUGUGCUACUUAGGCAUUUAUCAACAAAGACAAUUGAAAGUAAGCUUGGGAAUGGAACCUAUGAUGUUAUGAUUUACAUAUUGUAAUCACAUCAAUAAAUUCAUGAACGAAUGCAGUCAAUUCAUUUGCUUUCUUAAUCUGUUUAUUUAUUCAUAUAUCAUACAAUACUGUGUAAUCUAUAUAAAGAAGCAGAUGUAAAAUAAUCUUAAAAAUACAUAAUUUCAGCUUUAAUAAUGAUACAGUACCAGACACAAACCUUAUCUGACAUUUGCACAUAAGUAGCACCAAAUUCUUGGUGCUACUGCUUCGCCAUGCUUUUGAUUUCAUUUUAACAUUCAAUUUAACAUUCAUAUAGUAAGAGCGGUGAUAUAUGAACCACAAGUCUCACCUGAUUUCGUGAUCAACAAAAUAUGCAAUAUGAUCUUUUGAGUCCAAGAUGACCUAUGACCUUCUCAUCCUCGAGACCACUUGUGUGGUAUUACUGAAUGAUUAUUUGUACCAAGUACACACAAUUGAUGCAGAUAUAAAGAAAUGAGGGCAAGUUGAACAAAAACUUG